AUGCCGCCCAAAGCUGCGCCAGCCGCAAAGGCAGGCCACGCGUCUUCCAAGACUCCUUCAAAACAACGACGUUCACAAAAGCAGCAGCCUGCUCCGUUGACAGACAGACUGAAACGUCUGUUCACUUCCCUCUGCGCCCAAGUCGAUGGUGGGCACUUCGCAAAUGCGAUUCGUACUUGCAACAAGAUCAUGCGUCUGGAUCCAAGUGAUCGCGAUGCAAUACGGACGAAGCUUUUCCUGCUUCUCCAAACUGAGCAGUAUGACACUGCCCUUGGGCUUAUCGCUGAAAUAAAUGAGCAAUGUUCAUUUGAGCGAGCAUAUGCAUUAUACCGUAUUCAGCGGGAAGAAGAUGCUGCUCAGGUGCUGAAGGAAAUUAAGAACGACGGAAAAGAGGUAGAUCAGAGGGGCGCGAUGCACUUGGAGGCUCAGCUGAGCUAUCGCCAAGGAUCGUACCAGUCAUCCUUGGACAUCUAUAAUGAACUUCUUGAAACAGCUGAUCCUUCUUCGGACGAACAUGCAGAUGUUCUCACCAAUCUAUCAGCCUCCCAGUCACACCAAGAUUUCAUCACGACUACAUUCAUGCAAUGUUUGUCUCAACUCCCCAGCUCUAUCGCCUCGACGUUAGAAUCGGCGCCACCUCCUGUUCUCUCCCAACCAGCUUCAAUCCCCACUUUUGUGGAAGAGCCCACAAAAAAGCCCGAGGCUGGGGAGACAAAGAAGAAAGUGCGGACAAAACGUGUGCCGAAGGGAGUCACACCAGGCGUCUCGCCCCCGCCGGAUCCUGAAAGAUGGCUGAAAAAGUCGGAACGAACUACUUAUACCCAAGGAAAAAAGCGGAGGGGUGCAGGAGGUGGUGCGACCCAGGGUGCAGCCGUUGGCGCUGAAAGCGGGCCUGUUCCUGCCGGCGCCUCGCACGGAGGGAAGGCUGGUGGGAAAGGCAAAGGAGGGAAGAAAAAGUAG